UUCCAAGGAAUGUGCCAGCAUACAUUUAUUGUGUAGUUGCGAGCUGUUAGCAACAUUCAACGUGAAAUGUCUUAUAAGAUGUUGUUUAUGAUGUUUGUUGUGCUCAACGUUAUAUUUGUUGCUAGCGAAGACCUUUAUGAUACCAACACUAAAGAGAGCUACAUAACCAUUUUAACUGAAGAAUAUCUAAAUAUGUUCAAAAACCUCCCAACCAUCUUUGAAUAUUUAUCAGCGCUUAUGGGAAAUGACCAUAAAGACACAAUAAAAGAUGAUGUUGCAGAAACAAAUGAUCGGAAAAAGCGAGAUAUAACGGAUGAUGAUGAGAAUAACAUAGAUGAUGAGGACGAACUGCAUCACGAACUGUUUAAUAAUGAUGAUAUUCUUUCAUAUGACUCGGCAUUUGUACAAAGAGUGGCACUCACGCCUGAAGAAAUAGUGGAACAAAUUCACAAAGUUGAGCACGAGUUAGAUGAGUAUAAUAUGCAUUGUGAAGCAGAUUAAUAAAGAAAUAUUAAUAAUAAGAAAGAAGAAAGGAAACAUUUAUUUAUCAGGGCCAACACAAAAUACUAGUGAAAGAAAUUAUACAGAUAAAAAGCAGCAUGUAUCUAUUUGCUGUUUUUUUCUGUAUAAUUUAUUUUACUUUUAUUUAUUACCCAACAUAUAUAUAAAAUUACACAAACGAAGAAGACCAGCAUCAGAUAUAAGGAGUGUGUCAUAACGACUCAGACAAAAGGGAGACAAGUCAGCCUAUGCUGCAAUGUUAAGAACAUUGACAGCGUUGUUUUUCAGUGUCCCCUUAAUAAACUCUAAUAAAUAAUAACAAUAUCACAAUAACAAUUGUGACAAAUAUCAAGUUCUUAAUAUUUAUUAAAAAGCAUUCCCAAACGGAGCUAGCUGGUUGGAUAAAGUGAGGAAUUGGAUUGUAGAACGAAAAGGUAUGUUUGAUUGUAUA